AAACAUAGCCACAAUGGGAAUUACUCUUAAUUUAACAGACAAUCAGAUUACUGAUCUGGCUCAUUUCAUGGGGCGCCAUGAGAAAAUACAUAUGGAAAUAUACAGAAUAGUUAAAGAUAUUACAGAAGUAUCACAGCUUCUAGAGGCUGCACAAGGCGUAAGAGAUGCAGCAAACAAUUUAAUUGAGGAAAGCGACAGUGAGAAUGAAAUUGAUAACAGCAUAGAAAUCACAGCUAAUAAAACAUUUAAUAAAAUUGAUUAUUUGCAACAAUCGAGUGAUAGCUCAUUAUCAACCCCAACGUAUAAAAAACGUACAAAGACUGAAAUAAAAGCUGUAAAAAAGAAACGCAGAUCAGAAGAAGUAUUUGUGGUACCUGUUAAACGGACAACUUGGACAGAAGAGGAGAAAAGAAUUGUAUUAGAAAAAUUUGAAGAACCAUUACGAUCUGAUGUAACAAUAACUGGAAAGGAAAUGCAGGAUCUUAUAUUUAAUUCUCCAUGUCUGGCUAAGAGAACAGUUCCACAAAUGAGAAUAUAG